GGUCCGUGUGAGUUCGACUCGGGGACAGGUCACAGAAAUACCAGCUGCAGUGCUCCACAGCUGGCGCAUCUUUGCCAUUCUAUAUCCUAGUCUCUACAAGUAGUUCGCUGCGUGGUUUUAUGAAGUAUCCCAGCGGGGUUGACUUUUCUGUGUUGCGGGGUACGUAGCAGGUGGAUGUGGGUGGCUGAAUAUGGAAAAGUUAUUUGAAAAACUGGUUCUUCAAUUUGAGAGUCAAACAGCAACAGGCAAAGCGAGCAACUCCAUGUCUGUGCACCUCCGUAUCAUUGGCGGCAAGAUCGCACCUGCUGGAAAGUUCCCGUUUACUGCUAGCGUGGAGAUUAGCACGGACCCCGAAAAUGGGUUCCUGUGCGGCGGCAGCGUUAUUAGCGACAACUAUGUGGUGACGGCGGCCCAUUGCAUGGUUGAUGGCGAGACCAGCCGCCCAUUCCCUGCUGGCAAGCAUCAGACAUUUGUGCACCCAGACUUUGACCUGGCCACAUCGGCCAACGACAUUGCGCUGAUCAAGGUGCCAAAGUUGAGCAACGCAAAGGCAGUGCCAAUAUAUGGCGGGCCUAUUGCUGAUAGCACGCCGCUGACGGUGCUGGGCUGGGGGAGAACAGAUCCAGUGGAUGAGGACUCAAUCUCGAUUAUGCUGAAAGAGGCUGUUAUUAAGGUUGGUAAGGCAAAAGACUGCGCGGCGUAUUUGAAGCAGGUCUCAGAUGCAGAGUACACAAUAUCCUGGACGCCACUUGCUGAUUCGUGCCAGGGAGAUUCGGGCCAAGGUGUCAUCAUCUACGUCAAGGGCGUGCCGUGCCUGGCUGAGAAUCCAACAUGUGGGCUGCUCAACGGGUAUGGUGUAUACACACAUGUGCACCACUACGUUGACUUUAUCAGCAAAAUCACUGGCAUAAAGUUCACCAAUACCGGGAUCUAG